AUGCGCGGCAGACGGGCGCCUGGUUACGCAGAAGAUCGGCGCAGAGUUUGCGCGGACGAGGCGAACGCCAAGCAGCUCCGGGAUCGCGUCGCGCAGAUGGCGCGCGACGCAGGAGAUGAAGCCACUGCUAGCAGACUGCUGAAGACCGGGCGAGAAGCUUACCCGGGCUUCGACGAAAUGAAUUAUUUCUGCGAGGUCUUGGGCGGGCAGAUCGUUGUCGAGCACUACGAGGACACGAAUAACUCUGUUCAGAGCGUUUACGGCGACGGCCCGUUGGUAGCGCUUUUUCGGCUGCACAAGCAGUCCGGUGACGGUGGGCACGUGGUCGAUCAUUGGUCUUGCUUGCAGAGUUGGAUUCCGCGAGCCCCAGGAGUCGCCGCGCACGAGAGCGAGCUCGAGGAUGCGCCCGCCGAUCCGGUCGCCGACAACAGCUCCAUGCAGCGACGAUUGAAGCUUCCAGGCGCUGCUACAUGCAAUGCGGAAUUCGACGAAUUCCUUAUGGACGUAGACAGCGAGCGGAGCUGGCUGGAAGGUUUAGAGGCAGACCCUGACCCGCCUGCUCAGAGCAUACUCGUGCAGACGGAGGCGGUGAAGGCAUUCAUAGAGAAGCAUCACGCAUCAUGGGAUCCGUACCUGAAGCGGAUUGCCCUCGGAGCGCUGGCCAUGUAUCGAUGUCGACUAUCCGAUAUCUACGUCCGAGAGUACGUCAUGAUGAUGCACAUCAUAUUUGGCGGUGACUACCUCGUCGCCCAUGACGGGGUCAUGUAUUUUUGGGAUGGGAAUAUGAGGUUCUUCGAGAAGUACGAGGGUCUCAUGCCAGAGAUUGUCUAUGCUGCUCUGAAAGAGUACCUCUUGACUUUGGCAGGGCUUUUCUGGUCUUUCACAGGCGAGGUUCGGCGGGGCGACGAGACCGCGAUGCUCGCCAUCGAGGGGUCGUUGGAGAAGAGUGGGCUGGAUGCUCGGAAGGCGUUCGCCGCGUGGCGCGACAACGCCAUCUUCAACAAAGGAGGCAAAGGCGGUGGCAAGGGCCAGGGCGGCGGCAUGGGAGGCGCGGGAGACUCUGCAGUUGAACUCGAAGCUCUCACGCAGAUGGAGCCCCACGAACUGGAUGGCGAUGUGCCUGCGCCUGCGCCGGCGGACGAAGGCGUCGCGCGCGGCGCGCCGUGGUACAUAACGAUCGCAGUGAGCGUUGCUCGAGUUGGACGAAGCUUACAGAUACAGAUGAUUCAGAACAAGUUGCCGACGUUUUACUGCGAGUGGUGCGAGACUCCGCGCCCCUCGCGCAGGGGCGUCGCCCGCCCCGACAUCGCGUUCGUCUACGACCAGGGCGGAACCCCGAUCCAGCAGAUCGCGACGGAGAGUGAACGCAAGAGCAUAUACAUCGGCAUACCGCACAAAAUCAAAGCUUACUUGGGCGACCCAGUGUUGAAGGCGGCCGCGACGAGAGUGGACCAGUUCUACAGGCAGACAUUCUGGGCAAAUGCCGCCGCGCACAAAGUGUGCAUGGCCGCCCUCGCUCUGGCGAAGAGAGGGUUGAACGUCGACCAGCUGUUCUUCUUCUGGGGGGCCGGCGGCGUCGGGCUCUCCCUGACGACGGCCCACCUCGACGCCAUGCUCGGGCACUCCAACCACAAGCAUUUUGACCCGCAGGUGUUCUAUCUGGACGAGGAGAUGCGGAAGACGGUGGAGUCGCUCAAAGGCACGAUCGUGCUCACGGCGCAGGAGAAGCCAGAAGGCUUGAGGAAGAGCUCCCGGGAGGACUUGUUCAAGAAGCUGGCGUCUGCCGACGGCAUAUUUGGUAGACUCCCGUAUCAGAUUUUGACAAAAGUUAUUUACUUGGUCGGGUGGAAACGCAUGGAGCUGAACAAGCUCAUCACCUUCGACGGAGUCUCUGAGGGUGCAUUCCACGCCAUCUACCGGAGGUCUCUUCUGAUAAAGGUUUGGGCUCGGUUCGUUGAUGCGGAGUGCAUCAGGCGCGUCCUGCCGGACGCAGAGAAGUACGGCAUCUUCCCGCGGGCGCCGGAUUUGAAGCCGUUCAUGCAGUCGGGGCCCGCCAUCGCCGCUGGUCUGCAACGACAGCUGGGCUUCGAACGGAAACAUGGCGAAGCGGCAUCGAGGUCGUUGAUAGAUGACUACUGCCUGCGCGGAGGGGAUAGCGGGAUCACGGAGAAAUACAUGCGACAGGCGUGUCUUCUCCCGGAACCGAGCCAGCCGAAGCCUAGCGGCCAGAGCAGCGCGGCUGCCCCGCCGCCCGGCGUCGACUUCGACAUCGGAGCGGGCGGCUCGCAGGAUGCGGUGGCGCCCAUGGAUUCCUUGCGCCGCCACCUACUCCAGCAGAUGCUCGACCGGAGGUUCGACGCCCUGACAUUCUCGUAUUACAAGCAGCUCCAUACAGUGCAGAUCCAAGGCAAGGCGAAGGAGAGACUCCUGCCGAAAUUGUCCUUCGCUCGCAAGUUCAUCGACAUCGUGCCGACGCCAGACUUGGAGGAGCCGACCGUGCUCCCAGAACAGUGGGACCGCGCGGCGCUGCUGCGCUAUGCGAACGGCCACGCCUGCCGCAAGCGCAACGCCGAGACCAUGGUGGCGGUGCUAGGGUCCGUGGCAAAGCCGCGCGGGCGGAAAAGCCGCGCAGGUUCCGUCGAGGCGGGCGGCGACGCUCAUCUGCGCGAGGUCGGCAUGUCCGUCCAGGCGGCGGAGGCAACUCUGGAAGCGAUGCUGGAGAGCGCGCGCGAGAGGCCGACGGUGACCACCGCCGAUCAACCAGGCGGGGUGAAGAGGAGGAGGCUCCCUCCGAAGAGGGCCGUGAGCGGCGGCAGCGACUUGGCGGAGCGCAGGAUCCCUUACAAAUGCAAGCGCACUGCGGCCCGUCGCUUCGCGGAUGUCCCGGCAGCGCAGGGCUGCCCGGCCCGCGUGCUACAUCCGAUGUUGCAGGGCACUGUAGAUCUCGACAUCCACAGCGCGGUUCUGACAAUCGCCUGGCAACUCGUGGAGAAGAUGGACAUGGCGGAGAAGAAUCUGUUCAGAGAGGAGUUGGAAUUGUUGAAGCAGCUGGCCGAGGACAGAGACGAGGUAAUGCAGAAGGAGUUGGCGAGCAUGGGGCACCAGGCGGCCAAGCGCUUCGUGCUCGAGACCAUCGGCGGGUCCGGCGCUUUCGACGUCGACGCCGAGCCCUUCGCCAAAAAGUUGCAGCGCGUCAGCCGCGUGCUGCGUUGGGUGGCGUGCUCUGCGCUGCCCGAUGUAUACGAAGACUUUUCCAGCGACGCCGAGCUUCGCGACGACAAGAAAAAAGAGAAAUGGCCGGAGGGGCAGACGUUCUCCACUUUCUACCAGCGCGCAGAGGAUUACAUUCUCCGCCAGUGGCAGACGUGGGUGCUCAUGCAGCCGGUGAUGCAUUUAUCGCUGCACUUCGACGGCGUGAGGAUCAACAGGGACGCGGUGUUCGCCAGGCAUACCACGGUGGCGGACUACGCCGCUGGAGCCAGUGCCUACAUCGCGCAGGAAACAGGCUUCGUCGUAAAGAUCAAAGAGAAGACCCAUCCGACGGUCGAAGAGGCGCUGAUAAGCUGCACGGCGUGGCGGCCCCUGGAGGCGGCCGCAGCGCCUGGCGACUUGCAGAAGCCUGGCAAUGGUAUCCUGUUGGCGCUGUGGCGGUGCGGCGACGCCAGGGCGUCCGCGUCCGUUCUCUCUCUCGCAGGCGCCUCGUCAGUAGAGAACAAUGCCGCCAGCGUCGAGAAAGGGAGAACUUACGGGGAGUGUUGCCUGAGUCACAAGGUUUCGGUGGCGCCCCAUUUAGGUUUCGAUGCGCGCGAGGACGGGCAUUAUCUGCUCCACUUGGGAUGGUGGGUUUGCCAGAUGUCCAUGACGCCGUCCUCGCGGGGCGAGACUCGAGGCGGCGACGACUCCAGCCCCUUGGCAGGGCUCUCGGGCUUGAUGGCGUGA